AUGUUAAAAGCCAUAAUAAAACCACACUCUUAUUUACGGUCAACACAAAGUGGCUAUAACAACACAAGACUUUGUCUUCCUGCAAUCAUCCAGUUCCACACAAGUGCAAUGAUCCCACAAGAAGAAAUGAACAUACAAAGGAAAUCAGUCCAGUAUAAAUUGCGGGGGAAGGGACGUCAAUUUAUUGAUUUUGUUCGUGUAAAAGUAAAAGGAGGUGAUGGUGGGGAUGGCUGUGUCUCAUUUCAGCGAGAGAAAUUUCUUCCAAAGGGACCUCCUAAUGGUGGUAACGGUGGCCGUGGAGGUAAUGUUAUUGUUCGUGCUAGUGCAGAUGUUGGCACCUUGAAACGUCUAGGACGAGUUUGUUCAGCGAAAAGAGGAGAAAAUGGAAUGGGAGGUGGAAGACAUGGGACGAUUGGCGAUCAUUUGAUUAUUGAAGUACCUAUAGGUACAGUGGUCAGAGAAGUAAUUCCAGAAGAAGAAGAAGAAAAAAGAAAAAAAAGCGUAGAAGAAUUAGAAGAGGAACGUGAGGCACGAUGGGUGCUUUAUCCUCGUUCUGAAGUUGAUUCAGUGCCUGAAGGAAAAGUAAAUUUUUUUAAACAAGCUGAAAGAUUGAUGGAUGAGGAAGAUCGAUAUUAUCGAUGGCGACUCUCUCAAGAAAGGAGAGAACAGAUUAAGAUCGAUUUGACUCAAGAUAAGCAGGAGGUCAUGAUAUGUAGAGGUGGCGCAGGCGGUUAUGGAAAUCCUCAUUUUUUAACAACAGAAAACCGAUCUCCUAAAUGGGCCACACGCGGGCGUAAAGGUGAAAUAAAAGAAAUCGAAUUAGAACUUAAAACGAUUGCUGAUAUAGGCCUAGUUGGUUUACCUAACGCUGGUAAAUCAACCUUGCUGGGAGCAAUUUCAAAUGCUCAUCCAAAACAAGGAAAUUAUGCAUUCACUACUUUACAUCCCUAUGUUGGCACAGUGGAUUAUGCUGAUCAAUAUCAGUUAACUGUGGCUGAUAUUCCUGGUUUGAUUCAGGGUGCCCAUCGUAAUAUCGGUUUAGGGCAUGCAUUUUUACGUCAUGUUGAGCGUUCUAAAAUUUUGGUUUAUGUAAUUGACGUGAGUGGUCCAAAUCCAUUCGAAGAUUUAAAGACCUUACAAUAUGAAUUGGAGGCUUAUCGACCUGGACUUACUAAACGACAAUCACUUAUUGUAGCUAAUAAGGCAGAUAAAGUGGGUACAGCUAAAGAAAAUCUUCGUUUAUUACAAAACCAAGUCAAUGAGUCUAUCCCGAUUAUUCCUAUAUCUGCAAGAUAUGAAAAAAAUAUAGUCAAACUUACUUCUAUUUUACGUAAACAAGUAGAAGCUAUUCGUUUAAAUGAAAAUCAAAAAUCAAAAGACGAUGAAGAAGAUGUGUAA